AUGGACGUCUCACGGCAAGAGUACCCAACGCUGCUGGCCACCCUGCAUCCCGGCCAAGCUACAACCGUCCUAAGCGAUCGCAUUAAACUCAUAAAUAAGAUCAACGUGGAUAUCGCGGAUUACUUGCAGGAACGACGUCGCGUUGAAGAAGCAUACGCCCAAGGGUUGCGGAAGCUGGCGCAUCGGCCACAGUUGGACAAUGGAGCUGCUCUUGGCAUUUUCCAAAUCCCCUGGCAACGCAUCAUCAGUGCCACCGAAACGCUCGCCGUGUCGCAUGAGACCCUUGCGAACAAGAUCGAGGAGGAUGUCGAAAAACCUCUAAGGGAAUUCAGCAACAAGAAUUCCGAGAUGAAGUCGUUGCCCGGUAUCCAGAGUAGUUUGGCGGGGCUGGCAAAGAAUGUGGAGGCUGCGCAGAAGAAGGUGGACAAAGCCAGGGCGAAAGGUGCCAAAGGUGCAGACAAACUUGCUAGCGAGAUUGCCAAUGCUGAGGAAGUCCAUCAGCAAUGGGAAUCGCGGGCUCCCUUUGUCUACGAGCAACUUCAGGCCGCCGAUGAGACCCGGCUCAACCACCUUCGGGACGUGCUAACACAAUUGGAGACCCACGAGGUCGAUCAAGUCGAGCGCGGUCGCCAGGCCGCUGAAAGCUGCUUGAACGUUCUUCUCAAUGUGGAAACGGCAGAUGAGAUCAAGACAUUUGCUGCUAGAAUGGUGGGCCCCCGGGUCCCUGUGACGCAGGCUGUCCCCAGAAGACAGACCGAACCGGUAGAGACUCCUUCCACAAUUGAACCGGUAUCUGAGCGGACACCGACUGCGCCAAUCGAGCGCCAGUUCUCCACGCCGCGAUCAGAAGCACCGCUUCCGCCCCCUCCACGCAUCCAGGAUGAUGCGGCAAGCCAACUAUCAGAGGCAUCUGAUAGACAACACACUAUCGCUCAGGCAACGCCAGGGACAUCUUUCACCGAUCAAUCAUCCUUGCGGAACCCUAGUGUGUCGCAGGAUCGCAACGGAUUAGAUACUGCUGCACCUAUACCUGAAGAGCAUCCGGAGAACUCCAGAAAUGGAGUUGCCCCAGAAGGUCUUGGGUUAACCAAUGACCAUGUCAAUCCGCCACAGGUUGAUUCAGAAGGGUUCACUCAACGUCCUGCAACAAUCGACGAGAUCACACGCGCCCAGAAUGAGGCAGCGGGCCUAGAUGAGUCUGGUAUGAAUUUGACAAUUCGAGACCAGCCCAUCUUCGAGGAUGAGAGUCAGGCGAAGCGGGCCAUGGAUGAUAUGGCAAAUACUCUCCGAAUGCGCGCUCCGCAGACAGGAAUGAGACGCAAUGCUGGCACCAUUCGCGGACGCCGUGAUGUUCGCAAUACGGUGUUUAUUGCUUCGCCUAGCAACGAGCUUCCCCCGUCGUCGGCAGGAUCGGAGUCCCAGCAACCAACCUCCCCAAUCAGGCAAAUGACCUCCCCUAGCAUUGCCGCCAGCACUGGUACGGAUGAUCACGCUAUGUCAGAUACUACGUCUGUUCGCUCUGGGCACACUAUGCAUGGCCCAGGACCUUCGGUCCAUCCUGAUCUAUAUGAAACGGGCCUGAAUGCUUCAGUCAUUGAAACCGUCAAUGCAUGGUUCUCAGAGGGUAAUGUCACCAAGUCCUACAUCAUUGGUGAGCUUGCUCUCGCAAACAACUCCAUACCUGGUACUGCGGUAGACCAUACGCGCAUCCGACUCGACAACUUCCAAGUGCUGGAAAAGGUAGCGGCCAAUCCCCACUUUGUCCAAGAGGUUACCAAAGACGCUGGCGACGACAAGAGAGGCGAAUAUGAUAUCCAGCUGGGCAGCAUCUCGCGACCCAUGCCGACAGUGGCAUUCAAGUAUCAGCUGCAUAUCGACCCAACCAACCCCUCAGCCUACUGCCCCGUGAUAUUCAAGCCAGUGUGGAAUCUAGAAGAGUUACAGGCCAGCGCCAUCAUCUAUUAUACGCUCAACCCCUCCUUCAUCUCCCACACAGCGGAGCCAAUUACCCUCAAGAACCUGGUCUUGACCAUUAAUUUGGACACGGCCACCGAGGACACAGCUACCGGGCAGCCGCGCGAGUCAGUCGCCCACGCCACCAGUGCUGCCAUGUACCCCAAUACCGGCGCCGUCUUCCGCCGCAAGACUUCCACCGUCACAUGGAGAAUCCCCGAGCUGGAAGUCAAGGCCCCCACCACCCCAGGUGCAGAAGGCAAGUUCCUCGUCCGCUUCGUGACGUCUACCCCCGGACCUCGCAAGGGUAUUGUCGAAGCAAAGUUCGAGCUCCGCAACGCCGGGUCUACUUCUCAGCUGGGUGUUAGCCGUGCUGCCUCAGAGGCAGAGCAGAUAGAAGCCGACCCCUUCGCCGACGAGGGUCGUGAGUCCCAGCCGUCGGCGGCUUCAUGGCUGGGCGUCCCGACCACACGCAAGCUGAUCAGUGGAAAGUAUGUCUCUUCCUAG